AUGGAAAUCAAGGACUCUAGGGAACUGAAAUGGCCUCCCCGAUUGCGGUCUCCCCCCGAUACUUGUGACAAGAGCAAAUACUGUGAUUUCCAUAGAGAUCACGGCCAUACCACAGAAGAUUGUCUGGCCUUAAAGCGGUUAAUCGAAGCUCUUAUAAGAAGAGGAUUUUUGAGCUCUUACAUUAACAAUGACAAACGUCCGAGGAAUAACCAGAAUGGGGGAAAAGGCCCUAAGGAUCGGGGAAACAAGCAACCAACUGCAAGCACUAUCAAUAUCAUUGUCGGAGGAACAGCCUCGGGAGGAGACUCUAGUAGUGGGCGAAAACAAUAUGCCAAACAGCCGCCGCUCAUCUCAAGACCAGAUCUUGGUCGUACAGAGGACAUCAGUUUCGGAAUGGAUGACUUGGAAGGCAUAGCAUUCCCUCAUGAUGAUGCCCUUGUCAUAUCGGCCAUCAUCACCAACUUUGAAAUCAAGAGAAUUCUGGUAGAUAACAGAAGUGCAGCAAACGUACUGUCUCACGAAGCUUUUGUUCAAAAGGGGAUCUCGUCCGAACAACUAAAGCCAGUGAAAACACCCCUGCAAGGGUUCAGAGGUGGGGUCAUCACCCCAGAAGGUAUCGUCGGGUUACCCUUAACAUUGGGAACUGAAAGUAAGCAGGUAACGCAGAUCACUACCUUUGAAGUCGUCUGUACGCCAAUGGCUUACAACGCCAUAUUAGGAAGACCAAUGCUCAACAGAAUUCAAGCUAUUAUCUCAACUUUUCACCUGGCUAUGAAAUUCCCUACUCCUAAUGGCAUCGGGGUAGUCCGAGGCAACCAAACCGUGGCCCGACAGUGUUAUGUGACCAAUGUUCGAAAAUAA